AUGCAGCUCAGGUCCGGGCGUCGCUUAGUGUACCCACCGCCGGAGCCGCAAGGAGGUGGCCAUCGCCGCCGGUCCCAACACAGCUCAGAGGACAGGAUCAGCGGCCUCCCAGAGGACCUGCUCCUCGAGGUUCUCGCCCGUCUCAGGUCUCCCGCUGGAGCUGCGCGCGCCAGAGCGGUCUGCCGUGCCUGGCGCGGCCUCUGGACCGACCUUCCUGAGCUCUGGUUCUACAGCGCCCAACCCCUCCAUGUCGAGUCAACGCUCGCCAGGAUCACCCGUCCCUCGCUGGACCUCCUCGACAUCAAUUUGUGGGCAGACUGGGCCGACGACGAAGACUGGAAUUGGCAGGUAUCCUUGCUUCUCCACGGCGCCGCACGGGUGUUGCCGGAUAAACUCAUCAUCACGGUGUCAUGGGUCCCCCUAACAAACUACGCCGUGGAUCUUCCUUGCUUCGAACGCACCUCCUACCUUAGUCUUGACUUGAUGGGAAGCCUCCCAAUUACGUUGCCACAAUACGGCGAGUUCACUGCCCUCAAGAGCCUUUAUCUGAACUCGUGCUGCAUCGACCUUGGCUCCCUGCUCCCCCUCUGCCCAUGCCUGCGCAUCCUGAACAUCGGGAAUCUAAUUGUUGACACGGUGAUUGUUCACUCGCCGUCGCUUGAGGAGUUUGUCUUGGAGUCUAGCAACUGGAGAAGUGAAGAUGUCUCUUUGGCGAAUCUUGAAGUUGUUGAAAUUCAUGGCCUGGAAGGAAAAGAUGAUGAAGUUGAUUUCCUAAAAAUCAUACUCCGAUGUGCAACAGUGCUUCGGAUAUUGACAAUGACUAUUUCUGAUGACAUCUCACCAAGUAACAACAGCUAUGAGAAGAUCUACAGCAUUAUGAAGGAGUAUCCUGAUGUGGAAUGCCAUGUUAUGGCAUCUAGUUCUGAGGAGGUUCUUUAUCCAUGA